AUGUCCGCAGAUCUACUAGCAGAGUUCGGUCAGCCUGCACCAGCCACCAGGCCUUCCGGCCAGUCAUCGCAACACCCGAAAAGCCCAUUCUUUAACGAGGACAUUGAUUUCUUCUCAUCGGGCAAUGCGCUGUAUAAAAAGCCGAAUACAACCUCGCCAGCUGCCCCAGCAGCUUCGUGGCAGACCCCAGCUCAUCAGGAAUUCGAUCUUCCUCUGAACCCAGAUAGCGAUGUGUUAUUUGAUGCAGCUUUUGAUACACCAGCAAAUGAUGAUGACGAUGACUGGGAUUCAUUCUCCCUGCAAGACUCGGCACCAAUUAGCAAACAUCAGGACAAUCACCUCAAAGUUGAUAGUAACAAGGAGCAGACAACAUGGGAUGAUGAGUCCUUUGGUGACUGGGGUGAGUUCACCGAUGCGCCUGUCAGCCGACCUUGCCCCAAGAUCAUGGAGACGAAAGAAAAACCAUCCCAGCAAGUUCGGCCAUCUCGGACCAUCCCUUCUAAACCCACUGCGUCAACUUGGGAUGACGAUGCCUUUGACGACUGGGAUGACUUUACAGAUGGGCCUAGUGCGAAGCCUGUGCCCGAACCGAUACUCAUCUCUAGCCCAACACCUAGUAAUGCAGCCCCAGCAGCCACUGUGCGACCAACGAAUAUUCCACCACCCUCUGUGCUUCUCGAGUUAUUCUUAGAGGUGUUUGAAAGUCUUCAGAAGGAGGCUGCUCUUGCAAAAUCCCAGCUACGAUCCUCGAAAAAUGUUUCGCCAACGGCCUUGAAGAUUCACAACUUACUCCAGUCGGCUGCUCGCGUAAUUGCAGGGCGGAGUCUCCGAUGGAAACGUGAUACAAUUCUUAGUCAAAGCAUGCGAAUUGGCCCAGCCCGUUCUGGCAAAGCCGGUGGUAUGAAACUCAACAGCGUGAACAAGCAAGAAAACAUCAAAGAAGAACAAGACGCCGUUGAUGUGAUUACUACUUGGCGUGAGCGUGCAGCAAGUUUUAAUGCUGUUCUACAGGCUGCAGGCCAGCGGCCAAUCCCCCCGGUCUCAGAUCCUAGUGCCCUCAAGGUUAUCACGGCCCGGGCGGAUCAAGGGGCACUGAAGGCCCCACAUCCAUGUGCCCUGUGUUCGCUUAAGAGAGAUGAGCGGGUUUUACGGGUGGACGAACAAAGCGUCCAAGAUAGCUUUGGGGAGUGCAAGCGAAAGCUUUCUUGCGUCUUCAAUGACCGCGAUCAGAAGAUCCUGGUGACAAGAGGGUACAUUCUAGAGUUACAGCAGAAGAUUGCACGAAUAGAACAGAACGAAAAGGGACAAGCGAGCCCUUUCAGCUCGAGUUUCGAUACGCAGACUAUUGAUCUGAAAGAUCGCGAAGAUGUGCCUACUCUGGAGAGGACCAGUACCCCUGAAGAUCAUGGGGAAUCUCAUGAUUUGGAAGAUCAAGAUUCGGGUCUAGCCAACCCAUUAUCAACAGGACCACCUGCUUUUAUGUCUGCGGCGAACGGCCGAACAUUCUACCUUGGAACAUCAUCCAACUGGUCAUUUACUCGGCGGGUUCUUAGUCUGGCGCACCAACACCUCUACCAUGAUGUAUUGCCAACAGAAACAUUGCUAUUUGAUGAAACGACCUAUGAGCUCGGAUGGAAUGGGCUACGAACAACCCCGAACCCGGAUAUUCCAGUUGUUCCGACACGCGACCAUACUAUGUACCUGAUCAACGCCGUGAAAUUCCGUUGCGGACAGCUGUAUCACCUCUUUGAAGAGGAUGUUUUUAUGAAUUCUUUGCACCACUUUUACUCUGGGGAAGGACAUUCUAUGACAGACAGUUUGUGGUAUAUCCAUUUUCUUCUCAUCCUGGCUUUUGGGAAGGGAUUCGUUCAACCCAAGGUUCACGGUAAAGGGCCACCAGGGGUAGGGUAUUUUAUCAAGGCGUUGCAACUUCUGCCUGAUCCUAGUGCUCUCUAUCGGGACCCUAUGAUAGGAACAGAAAUCCUAUGUUGCAUCGCUUUAUACUAUCAGUGUGUCGAUUUUCGAACGUCGGCAUAUAACUUCAUUGGCCAAGCUGUGCGGAUAGCCAUGGCACAGGGGAUGCACACUAGGAUGCCGGUGGAAUCCUUGGGACAUGAUAUGGUUCAAAGAUCCAGCAAAAUCUGGUGGACCGUUUACAUUCUGGACCGAGAAAUGACCUCUUUGAUGGGGUUACCGCAGUCUAUUAACGACAGAUAUGUGCAAACGCAACUUCCCACUUUCUCGGAUCCAUCAGAGACAAUGUCCCUAGGCAUGCACAUCAAACUGUCCCAGAUCAUUGCGGAGAUAAACAGCACAAUAUAUGUUAUCAAUGGACGCAUCAAUCGAACCUUCCUACUCAGUACAAAGACGGCAUUGGCGAAUAUAGCAGGCCUUGCUGAUGAGCUUCGCGAGUCCUUUCCGCUCUACUUGGACCCAGCUAGCGGUGUUUCUCGGACAUCGGCAUAUUUACAUCUUCAAUAUCACCAGUGUAUAAUUCUAGCCACUCGACCUCUCCUAUUCUGCUUAUUAAAGAUUCGAUUUGAGUCGCCAGAAAGCUGCCUAGAGUCUAUCGAUGCAUCGCGCAAUGUCCGAAGUUUAAUACAAAUGUGCCUUGAAUCCGCCCAGCAUAUCAUCUACAUUCUCUCUAGUCUACAGAGCCAAGGCCUGUUGGAAACUUUCCUCCCUUUCGAUCUAGAAUCAAUCUUUGUGUCUACGGUUAUUCUAUUGAUGGGCCCGGCAAUUCAUCCACGUCUUUUAGAAAGUCAUCCAAACUGCCUGGAAAGAGCAUACGCCAUCUUCGAGGAAAUGAUCAGAGACGGAAGUCAAGUCGCCAGCUACCGGCGAUCAGAACUCCAGCAACUGGAUGAGACACUACUGGGCUGUAUCUCUGGUCAGCCGCGACCAUUAGCAGUACCUCCCUUUCUCCAUGAGGAUGUUCUUCCUCGACCGGCUUCUCCGUCUGCUACGCCCAUCCCGACUAUGCCUCGAUACGAUGAUGCUCUUUUCAGGCCGGAUGCUGAUCUAGAUGUUGAAUGCGACCUUAGUGCGAUGUUGACCUCGGCUGAGAUUAUGGCUGUUGCGGAUUCGAUUGAGAGCUAUGAUACGGAGUGGGUGUCUAAUGCAAUGCUAGAACAUAGUAUUUGGUAA